CAUUACACCAAACAAAGGUUUGGUUCUCAUAAAACAAGGAACACCACUUUCAAAUCAGCCUUCUUCCUUAGGGUUUUCCCUAGGGUUUAACCAAAUUCUCCAUAACAAUUUUCUCUGUUUACAAAAAAUAAAUUCAAACCCUUUAACCAAAAUCAGAUGAUUCAACUCUUUACAGUUUCUCAAUUGUAAAAUUUGUAAACCUAAACAAUAAAAAAGCAAUCUUUUUUAUUGGAUCAAGAAAAUGGAAGCAAGAGUAGGUGUAUCUGGACAUGGCGGUGGUGUAGUGGAAGGUGGUGCAAGAAAGUUUUUACAACAGCCCCAACAAAACCAUCUUCAACAAAAUCAUCAUUAUCAUACACAACAGCAGCAACAACAGCCACAGCCUCAACCUCAGAUUGGUACUGUCCCACAGCUUCUUGCUGGUGGCAUUGCUGGUGCUUUCAGCAAAACUUGUACUGCUCCCCUUGCCCGUCUCACCAUUCUUUUUCAGGUUCAAGGUAUGCAUUCAGAUAUUGCAGUAUUGACCAAGCCCAGCAUAUGUCGUGAGGCAUUACGUAUUGUCAAUGAAGAAGGAUUCAGGGCUUUUUGGAAGGGGAACCUGGUCACUAUUGCUCACAGGCUUCCCUAUUCCUCAGUCAAUUUCUAUGCUUAUGAACGCUACAAGAGCAUAUUGAAAUCAAUUCCUGGUCUGGAUGGUAAAGGGCGAAAUGCAGGUGCGGAUAUUUUCGUGCACUUUGUUGGUGGUGGAUUGGCUGGAAUUACAGCAGCUGCUGUCACCUAUCCGUUGGACCUUGUCAGAACAAGAUUAGCUGCACAGAGGAAUACCAUAUACUAUCAGGGCAUCUGCCAUUCUCUUCGUACCAUUUGCAGAGAUGAAGGCUUUUUUGGGUUGUACAAAGGGCUUGGUGCUACAUUACUGGGUGUUGGACCUAGUAUAGCAAUAAGUUUUUCUGUCUAUGAGGCUUUGAGAUCUUACUGGCAGGUUCAGAGGCCCGAUGAUCCUACUAUUGCAGUCAGUCUUGCUUGUGGAAGUCUUUCAGGAAUUGCAUCUUCAACUGCAACUUUUCCUUUGGAUCUUGUGAGACGAAGAAAGCAGUUGGAAGGAGCAGGAGGACGUGCACGUGUGUACAACACUGGCAUAAUGGGGAUUUUUAAACACAUAAUCCGAACUGAAGGCUUACGUGGCUUGUACAGAGGGAUAAUGCCUGAGUACUACAAAGUAGUUCCCAGUGUGGGAAUUGUGUUCAUGACGUACGAGACGCUGAAAAAGCUUCUAUCUCAAGGGCCUUUUGAUUCUUGACUUUUUCAGUAGUGCACUCUUCCAGUCUUUCUGAUUAAAAAAAAAGCCACAAGGUUCAGUUUUGUUAAAGUUACCGGUUAGGAAGAAAGUUUUAAGUAUUGAUAUGGUAAUUAGUAUUAAACGAGAGAACAUUCACACCGCAGCAAAUUUUAUGGUUGCUGCUGUUUUAACUUGUUUUUUUGUUGUAUAGCCAUUGAAAAUCAUUAGUGUCCCACAACAAUUGUAUUUCUAGAUAAUUCUUAGGAUUCUACCUUUUACCAUCUUAGAUGAUUGUAUUAUCCAUACAGUUUUGUUUGUGGGAACUUUUUUAUCUCAUAUCUUUCCCAUUUCAUCUAGUGCUUACUUUUGGCUAAGAUUAGGCUAAUCCCUUCAUGAUAUUGUUGUAAGGACCAGUGGAGUGUUUCACAAUACUGUUUGGCAAUUGUAGUCAAAGAGGACUAUAAGUUUGUUCUUAUUGUUCAUUUGGUUGCUUGUUGCAAAAAGCAAUUUGUUUAUA